GGGUGGGCAAGCGGCCGGGGUUUUCUCUCUCGGGUUCCCUGCUGCGGGUGGGCCACAGCGCUCUUGGCGUGGCCGGGAAGGCCCCCUCGCCCGCCACGCUCUCGGGCAGCACCCCGCGCCCUGUCCGGACCCGUCCUCGCUGCCCGUCCUACGGCUCUUUACGUUAACGCCGAAGGGCUCCGGCGGCUGCCCUCGUGACUUGCCUCAGGCCCGCUACAGCUUUCCUUCCUUUGCCUCCUGACCUCAGAUAGGGCCUACCGUCGGCUUUUCGCCUCUCCUCACCGGCCCGAGAUCCUCGUGUGAGCCCAAUGCCUCCUCUACGAAGAUCCUGAUCAUGGACUGUGAAGAAAUCCCAGAGUUUUCAAGUCCAGAGGAGGAAACAGUAUACUGGAAGAAGCUGUCUUUGAAGUAUAAACAAAGUUUCCAAGAGGCCCGUGAAGAGCUGGCAGAAUUUCAGGAGGGGAGCAGAGAACUGGAAGCAGAAUUGGAAGCACAGCUGGUACAAGCUGAACAGAGGAACCGAGACUUGCAAGCAGACAACCAAAGAUUGAAGCAGGAAGUGGAAACUUUAAAGGAGAAGCUUGAGCAUCAAUAUGCACAGAACUACAAGCAGGUAUCAUUGUUGGAAGAUGACUUGAGCCAGACCAGGGCAAUUAAAGAUCAGUUGCAUAAAUAUGUAAGAGAGCUUGAGCAAUCCAAUGAUGACCUUGAGCGUGCUAAGAGGGCCACAAUUGUUUCCUUGGAAGACUUUGAACAAAGGCUAAAUCAAGCCAUAGAGAGAAAUGCCUUUUUGGAAAGUGAGCUGGAUGACAAGGAAUCUCUGCUAGUUUCUGUACAAAGACUGAAGGACGAAGCGAGAGAUUUAAGGCAAGAACUUGCAGUACGAGAGAGGCAACAGGAAGUAACCCGAAAGUCAGCUCCUAGUUCCCCAACUCUAGAUUGUGAGAAGAUGGAUUCAGCAGUCCAGGCUUCUCUCUCCCUGCCAGCAACACCUGUUGGCAAAGGCUGUGAGAACAGCUUUCCUUCUCCAAAAGCUAUUCCCAAUGGCUUUGGUACUAGCCCCCUUACUCCAUCUGCUAGAAUAUCUGCCCUCAACAUUGUUGGUGAUCUCCUAAGGAAAGUGGGGGCCUUGGAAUCCAAAUUAGCUGCUUGUAGAAACUUUGCAAAGGACCAGGCAUCACGGAAAUCUUACGUUUCAGGGAACAUAAACAGCAGCAUGAUCAACAGCAAUGGCAUGAAAUUCUGUCAUUCAGGGCAUACAGCAUUCUACGACAAAACUCCCUGUAGUCUUCUCCCUGCCCCCAAUUGUCGCUGGAUCCUGAAACAACCACGUAUGCUUGUGGACCCAACCCAGUCUGCUGCUGCCGCUGCCUUAUGAACAGCCUAUGGUAGGGUGGUGGGACUGAUUGAGGGCAGUCAAUGGCUUUGACCAAGGUCCACCACCCGGCCUAGGAGCAUCCAGACCUUCUUCAGCACCAGGGAUGCUCCCUCUGAGUGUAUGAAUUGGGCUGCAAGGCCAUGAUGGGACUUGAGAUUAGUUCUUGAAGGAACAAGAAAAGAGCUGCUUGUGAUCCUUUUCCGUUGGUGCCCCCUGCUGAAUCUGUGGGUGCUGCAGCACCCAGUAACUGCACAGAGCUGCACCCCCUCCCACACACACAGCACUCCUUAUAUCAAUACAGUCUAUUUUCUUCUAUUUGCAUCGUGGACGUUCCUUAACAUGGUCACCGCUGAUGUCUGUUUCACAGGAUGCUGGAGUUACACUUGCCCAAAUCACCUUCCUUCUCUUCUCUGUCCUUGCCCCAAUUUUGUUCCUUGGCUAAAUUUGCCCACACUGAUGCUGGAUGACCCCUUAGGAACUUCCUCACUUCUUCACACUGCUACCCCUUUGUCCAAACCUUGCACAUAGGUACACAAGAUCUUUGUAGUUUCUCUUUUCUGGAUGAGUAAAUCUGUGUUCAGGGAAGGUUAGGGAGGGCCUGUAACUUCUCUAGUAAGCGGAUGGACUUGGGAUGCAGGAUGAACCUGUGCGGAUCUUCCACACUCCCAGUGAAACUGUGAGGGGUCUUAGUAACUGAAACAGCACUCCUGCUAAAGAUCUGGGCCAUAGAAAAUAUCUAGAUGUGGCAUCUCCUCACACGGAGCACAAGCAAUGUAUGUGUUGUGCAAAUACGUUUCUGUUCACCAAAGUGGGUUGUUUUUAAAAUGGAGGCCCCCUCUCGUUAAGCAAUUCCUUUCCUGUCAGCUACAUCUUAUACAGCUGGCAUUGCCUAUUUUAUUUCAAGAAAGCUCUGUGGUUGGGGGCUCUAACUAGUGGGAACAGUCUAAGAGGAACAAGGGAAGGAGAAGGGAAUCAAAGCCAGGGCAAGCUAGGGGUAAAUGGCCACUCACAGUUUGGAUUUUGUCAGCCCUUGUGUGUCCUUGCUGCAUUGACUGUUUACAUUUGUUUUACUGUACAUAGGUUUGUAAACAUAAUAUCUUUGCCUAAGAUAUUUGUAUAUAACUUGGGCUUUGUAGCUUUAUUUAUUCAGAAUCUCUGAGGCAUGUUUUCCCUAGAACAGUGUGUCAGAUUUCUGUGGUGACUACCAUCCUGUGGUUUAACAGAAGAGAUGGUCCAAAAAUAAAGAUCUUUUAAUGUGGA